AUGGCGGCUGUCGCAGAGAACGGUCACGCUGUGACUGACGAGAACCCCGCGACCAAGGUCGAUACCACAUCCGAUGGAGCGGCCACCAUCUUCCACGACCCCGAGAACUUCAAAGUGAAGCAUCCGCUGAUGCACGAGUGGACUCUCUGGUUCACCAAGCCCCCCUCAGGAAAGGGCGACAACUGGAAUGACCUGUUGAAGGAGGUCGUUACAUUCAGCUCCGUCGAAGAAUUCUGGGGCAUCUACAAUAACAUCACACCUACCUCCGAGCUGGGCCUCAAGGCCGACUACCACCUCUUCAAGAAGGGCGUUCGUCCCGAGUGGGAGGACCCUCAAAACAAGCACGGCGGCAAGUGGUCAUACCUAUUCAAGGACAAGCGAUCUGUUCCCAUCGACGACCUCUGGCUGCACGCCCAGCUGGCCGCCAUUGGUGAGACUCUCGAGGCCGAUGGCGACAACGAGGUCAUGGGCGUUGUUGUGAAUGUGCGCAAGGGUUUCUACCGUGUCGGUCUCUGGACUCGCACCGUGGGCAAGAGCAUCCCCGGUGACAAGGCCACUCGCACACCUGCGCAGGGCAAGGAGAUCCUCGAGGCCAUCGGUCGGCGGUUCAAGGACGUUCUGCGCCUGAAGGAAGCCGAUGUUGUCGAGUUCUCCGGCCACACCGAUAGCGCGCACAGUGGCAGCACCCGUGCCAAGGCCAAGUAUACCGUCUAA